AUUGCUCGUACUUGCUUUUAAAAAAAAAAGAAAAGAUGUCUUUACAUUCUGCCAUUAAAGGAAAAUUAAUAUCCGUAAUUGGUGACGAGGAUACCUGCGUUGGUUUUCUCUUAGGAGGAGUCGGAGAAAUUAACAAAAAUCGUCAUCCCAAUUUUAUGGUAGUCGAUAAGAAUACUGCUGUAAGCGAAAUCGAGGAUUGUUUUAAACGUUUUCUGAAGCGUGAUGACAUCGAUAUAAUUCUCAUCAACCAGAACUACGCAGAGCUCAUUCGUCACGUUAUAGAUGCACAUUCCUCUCCAGUGCCAGCCGUUCUUGAAAUCCCAUCCAAAGAUCAUCCAUAUGACGCCAGUAAAGAUUCCAUUCUACGACGUGCCCGAGGCAUGUUUAACCCCGAAGAUUUAGUUCGCUAGAUAUGUUGGUCGAGCCCAUUGAUGUGUUUGAUAACAACUGGAUUAGUUUUUCUUAUUGCAAAUAUUCUUGUUAUUAAUUUAAGUGUUCACGGCAUUCGUAAAUAAAAUACUUGCUUAAUACAUUUUGAAUCGUGCAUCGUCUUACAAACUUCUUUGUAAGACGAAAAACUGCAUAAUACGUUAA